CCUUUGUCGGCUUUAUAAAUAGUAAGAUGAAGUCUCCUCGUUCUUGCGGUGUGAUUCCACACUACCUGCAGCAGACAUGGGCCGACUUACGGCUAUCCUUUCCCUUCCCGGGUCGUUGAUCGGUGUUUUGUACGGGUAUGCUACUGGCACGACACAGCGCAAGGGAUCGCUGACGAAGGUCAUAACGGACGCUUUGGGUGCGCAUCUCUCUGGCAAGCUAUCGGUGCACGACAUCAGGUUUCUUGGAGCUGCUUCGCCAAUCGAUCAGACGAUGACGAAAGCAAUCAAGAGUCUUGCAUCGCCAGUGCCUCCUGGGUACAAUGAGCCAUAUGAAGGCUCAGGAUUUUCUGCUCGCUGGGCGCUCAAGGCUCCCGAGCGUACACCAAGCGAUCCCAUCCUUCUGAUCCUGCAUGGCGGUGGUUACUUUCUUCCCGCGCUCGGGUUCCAUGUGCAUGCGGCACUUGCAAUCGCCCGUCUCUCCGACGUCAAGAAUCUCUCGGUUCUUUUCCUUGACUACCGUCUUGCACCAGAGAACCCGUAUCCUGCUCCGCUUCAAGAUGCGGCUUUGCUCUACAAGCAGCUCACCGAGGUCGACAAAAACAGCAACAUUAUACUGUUUGGAGACUCUGCUGGCGGAAACCUUGCGUUGUUUCUAUUGCAGCACUUCCAGAAGCCACAUCCUGCUUGCUAUGCGUUGAAGGAGCCGAUUGUUAAGCCCAAGACUGUCUUGCUGGUCUCACCAUGGGUCGAUCUUGAGCCUAACCCCGUGGGCUCGUUUGAUCCCAAACACAACACGGAUGUCCUCUCUUAUGCAGCGUUGGACUACUGGGCAAAGACUUACUGUGCAGACCGCGAGACCCGUCGUUCUUCUUAUGUGAGUGCCGCGCAGGCAGACGCAGAGCUGCUCCGCAAAGCUGUGCAGGGCAUCAACGUGCUUCUUCUCUACGGAGAGGUGGAGGUGCUGCACGAUGCGUGUGCGGCGCUGGCAGAGAAAAUCGGCUCAGGUGCCGUUGUUGCGAUCGAGCCAGAGGGCACGCACGACUCUCUUCUGACCGCAAAGAUCCCGAGCCCGUCUACUCUGAAUAACUCGUUCCCGUUCAAGACUAUCGUGAACUAUCUGAACGAGGUGAGCGGCAAGUGAAGAGUGUGUAGUUGGUAACAAAGUCCAUAAACACGGCCAAGCAGAGAAAAUAAAGUUUAAACACAUGUCCCAGUAAACACACUCUAUCGGCCGACGCAGACUCCGU